AUGGAAGACCAGGGCAGAAAAGGUGGAGGCCUAAAGCGGGGUGGUGAGUCCAGCCAGUGGCUGUACCCCACAGGCACAGACAGACCUCGCAGUUGUGCCACCACGAUAAGGGCGACCACACAAAAAGCGCGUUUCGCGGAGGAAGUCAGGGGUGGCCUGCUCAAGCACACGGGUCCUCAGCCAAGUGGGUUUUCCCAAGUACGCACGCGGCCCGACCCAGCGAACUUGCAAACGCACAACUUCCCUUUCCACCGGCCGGACGCCGGCGGGAGCCGAGCGGUGCGGGCCACGCGCGAGGGACAAAAGGAGCCCGGGCGCCGGCAGCGGCGACCCGGCGGCGGCGGCAUGGGGCUCGGGAGCCCGCGGCGGCGGCCGGGACGCGCCGAGCACCCCGAGGCCGGCCUCCCCGCGGGCGCUGUCACGGGCGGCGCCACGGCAGGCCCCGCCCGCGCGGACAAUGGCGCGGCCGCCCGCCCCGCGCGGCGCGCACCGGCGGAGGACACGGCUCGCGGUCCGGGCGCCCCUGCGCUUACUCACCUGGGCGCCGGCUCGGCGCGGCGCGGUCCGCGCGCUGGGGACGGGGAACGGCGCGGCGGGCGCGCCCAUUCAUUAGCCGCUUUGUCUGCCCCCGCCGCCCCUCCCGCGGCCCCGGCCCCGCCGCCCGCGACGCCGCCGGACGCUGCGCCCCUCCCAGGGCCCCGCGCGGCGCGGGGGCGGGGCUGA